AUGGACAACGAAGUUGAUCUGGCUUUGAUCCAAAGCGAAGCUCUAUACUGCCUUCGACGAGAACAGCUUGUAAGUUUGUGCAAGCGCCGUGGCAUCAAGCCACGCGGCAAGUCAUCGCACCUGGCGGAUAUGCUCCGCAAAAGCAUCGAGGCCAAGCACAGUCCAUCAGCGGACAGCAUGAAUAGCUCAUACUACAGUAUGAGCCCACGUACAGAUGGCAGCAUGAGUCCUAGGAGUAUGCAAGGCCUUGGAUGGGGUCGAGAGAUGCCGGUACGCAGCCCCUACAUGCGUCCAGGCACCCAAAUUGGCCAGGGCACGCCUAGUGCACGUAGUCCUGCCGCAUCCAGUAUGCAUUCAGGUCGCUUUGCUAGCGUCUACGCACCCAGCGAGGCCUCAGAGCCAGAAAGUCAUGGAUCGGUGUACCUGCCUGCGCACAGUCCACGUAUGGAUCGCUCGCGUGUGGCAAGCCGUGAGAGCCGCGGGUCGGCCUACUCUCGCGCUCCGUCUCAUGCCUCGCCUGACCUCCCUUCCACGGAUCGCAUGCCUAACCACGCAUCACCGCGCAUGCCCCCCCGUCUUGGCGCGAAGGAAGAAAACGAAACGCCCAAGGCACAGACGAGCUACGACACCGACAAACCUGUCCUACCCACGCUGCCGACAUGGGAGGGCAUCGACAUCCCGCUCGAUCUGCUGGAUCAGAUUGAGACAGGCUCUGUCAAGGACCAUGCUGACGAGGCUGUGACACCGGCGCCGACCAAUGACACUGCGUCUGUGACACCCGACAACGGAGAGGAGGAGGAAGACAUGCUGGACAUGUUGAUCCAAGGCGUUGCAUCUGAGCCUAGCGCCGAUAUCGAAGUGCCUGUGCUGCGGAAACGCUCUGGACGGGUUCAUCCACGCUUGCCCGUGCCGCCGACGCCGGUAACGUCAUACCCCCGCCCUGCCAUGGUGUCGCCCACGAUGCCGCCGCCGGCUAGCACGCUGUCUCCUACGAUGCCUGGGCCUAUGGAGGAGGGGAAGCACUUGACACAUGGCGAGACGCGCCGUCUUCCUGCGGACGAGAUGGCUGAGCAAGAGGCAGAGAGGAAGCGUAAAAAAGGAUCGAUGGGCGGCAUGGUUCGUCGUAUGCGUCACUUCCUCGAUACCUCGUCGGCCCCACCGCAACCUACAGAAAAGAUUCUUCCGUACCCUGUGGCGCCUGUGAUGGGCGAAGAAUCGCUUGUGCAUAAGCCUGCGAGGAAAGCAGCCAGCGUCAUUGACGAUGAUAUGCUUCGUAUGGCGAUGAUGUCUUCAUCGGACCCAUCAUGCCUGCCCGAUGAAAAUACGGCGCCUGUGCCAGCCUGGCAUACUGCGGCCCAGCGUGCCAACUCUCUCCGCUCUACACGCCGUUUCGAUGCGGCUAGACCCCGUCGUGCCUUGCCUACCCCUGCUGUCGCAGCCGUCGGUGGAGGCGACAACGGUGCUCGUUCCCGUGCGCUUCGUUAA